AUGACCCUCAUGCAAUUUACACUAUUAUCUUCCUUUACCUUGAGCAUGCUAGGAAUAACUAUAUACCGAACACAUCUUAUCUCUGCCCUAUUAUGUAUUGAAAGCAUGCUAUUAACCCUCUUCCUAGCCACAACUACUUUUAUACAAACUACCCAAACAACCACAAUUACCAUUCUCCCUAUAACCCUACUAACCUUCUCUGCCUGUGAAGCUAGUGUCGGGCUAGCCUUACUAGUUGCAUCCACACGUACAUAUGCUUCAGAUCAUCUAAAUACAAUAAACCUUCUACAAUGCUAA